ACCACGUCUAACAGUGCCGUUAUGCGACGGUAUAAGAGGAUGUGAAACGAAGACGCUCCGCCAAACGCGGUCUGUUAGCGGUCAAGGAAACAGGAGUGCAUCUACAGUACUGGAGCAACGAAGAGGGAAACAAUUUCGUAUCAUCUGGAGCGACAAAGAGGGUGCGAGAAGCUCGUAUCAACUAGUGGCGCAAAGAGGGCAACACAUUCGUUUCAUCUGGAGCGACAGAGAGGGUGCAACAAGUUCGUAUCAACUGGUGCAACAAAGAGGGCUACAACUUUGUAUCAUCUGGGGCAAGUUUGUAUCAAUUAGAGCGACACGUUGUGUCAUCUAGGGGAAGUUUGUAUCAAUUAGAGGGACACUUUGUAUCAUCUAGGACGACAAGUAGGGUAACAAGAUUUUAGGAACUCUUUUUUUAACAACUGUCGGAAAAGGUACAAAUUUUAGUCGCUUACAUAGGCAUUUAUUUCUAAGUGGAACUCUAGUUAUUUGUUGGAAGUUUAGAACUGUUUUCAAAGCAAUCUUCGAAAAAAGCUACAAGAUUUUAGACGCUCUGGACUUGUUUUUUGACACUUAUUUUGCAGUGGAACAACAGUUAUUUGUUAGAAAUUGUCAAGUUGGGGGAAGUUUGUUGGACAGUUUUAUCUCUUAGAGGAACUAAUAGUCAUUUGUGAAAAAUUUGUUAAAUCGGGGACAGUUUGUUAGACAAUUUUAUUUCGAAAAGGGACAAACUAGUUAUUUGUUAGAAGUUUUUCAAAUCAGGGGAAGUUUUCAAUUUCAAGUUUGGUAGACAAUUUUAUUUUUCGAAGAAAACCCAGUUAGUGUGAAACUCAUCAACUCGGGGACACUAUGGAUCGUCCAACCUCAACCUGCAUCAUCCAGGUGGUCAGCCUCGUUUCGCUCGCCGUGCUCUCGCUGAGCGUCAGCCUCGCUACGGCCGCCCCACCUUCGUCUUCAUCCCCUUCAGACGCGGAUUUCGACGACGUUUUCUACGACCAGCGACAGAACGGAUCCGAGAAUUUCCGCAUACAUCUCAACGACGUGAUGGUAGUGGUCGCUCCCGCGGAGGCGUUGCUGGGGGCGGAUCUGCUAGGCGGAGGCGGUGGUUUGGGAGGCGGUAGUGGAGGAUUGGGGGCGGCGGAUCUGCCAGUUGAGGACGCGGUGUCGCCCCAUAAGGAGUGCAAGCCUGGUGUCAAAGGGGCGGCAAAGUGUUCGUCACGGCCGGCUUCUCAGCACAACAAUGUCAACAACAAAAGAUCUCGACUGCGACUAUCCAACUUUCUGCUCCCGUUCAUCAACAGAGCCCAUCAUUGAUCGAUUCAAGCGGAAACGAGUCUAAAUUAAUACAAAAUCAACAGCAAUCAAUCUGGACAGGAGACAAUGAAGAAGAAGCAGAAGAAGAAGAAGAAGAAGAAGACAUGAAAAAAAGAAGAAGAAGAGAAGAAGAAGAAGAAGAAGAAGAAGAAGAAGGAGAAGAAGAAGAAGAAGAAGAAGAAGAAGAAGAAGAGUAUGUAAUAAAAAGGAGUGUGCCGAAAAUGUGAUCCAGACAAAAAUGUGUAAGUGACUGAGUGGACUUGAAAGAUACUACAAAAUAAUUCUCACAUAAUAUCAUUAAAUAUAAUGACUACACAUUUCUUGUAAAGAUCAGCUUAAUUACAAUAUUUAUGAGACUAAACUUACUGUAGUACAUGAGUAAACUUUGCUAAAUUUUAAUCAUGAUUCAGUGCUACGAGAACCAAUCAAUCCUUCUGGAAAGAAGAUUGGCUUCUCUGAUUGGUUCUCGAUUCAUUUAAUCAUGUUUUAAAUUUAACAGGCUCUUGUGCAACCGAGUCUAUUAUAUUCUACUUCAAAGAGUAUAUUACAACUCUUCUUCAACUUGAAAUUUAUCAUGUGAUAUUUGUGAUAGCAUAAGUAACGUAUCGUACUCAUAAUUUAUUCUAAAUCAGCAGAGAUUAAAGCCAUACAAAUUUG